GAAACUGACAUGAAUCUUUUGUAAUAGUAAUCCAAUGGAGAAUGGUGGAGAGAUAGAUGAAAUUGAAGAAAAAAAUGAACAGCAGGAGCAACCACAAGAGAGAGACAAGGUACUAAAAGGGAAGAAAUUCUCAUGGGGAAGGCUUAUGAAGCUCGAUUCUUUUGACAUGGAGAGCGGGAAGAUCCCAUCAGGGUAUCUUAACCAUAGAUCAUUUCAGGCUGUGGAUUGGGUAACCACAUUAAAGCUUGCAUUCCAGAGUAUUGGAGUCGUCUAUGGUGACAUCGGUACCUCACCACUAUAUGUUCUUCCUGGUGUUUUUCCGAAUGGCAUUGCUCAUAGUGAAGAUAUCUUGGGGGUAUUGUCUCUAAUCAUUUACUCCCUUACCUUGAUCACUUUGAUCAAGUAUGUCUUCGUUGUGUUAUCUGCCAAUGACAAUGGUGAAGGAGGCACAUUUGCUUUGUAUUCUCUUAUAUGUCGCUAUGCAAAGGUGAGCUUCAUACCAAAUCAACAGGCUGAAGAUAAAGAUGUAUCGAACUACCGGCUUGAAUUACCAAACCGCCGAUUGCGUCGGGCUUCUAUUGUCAAGUCCUUCCUUGAAAGUAGCAGAAUUGCAAAGUAUUUUCUCUUGUUUAUGACAAUGAUUGGAACAUCUAUGGUUCUAGGGGAUGGGAUACUUACUCCAUGUAUUUCAGUAUUAUCAGCGGUAGGGGGUAUCAGGGAAGCUGCGAGUUCCCUUACAGAUGACACAAUCAUGUGGAUAUCUGUAGUGAUCCUAAUACUGUUGUUCCAAGUUCAGAGGUUUGGAACAGACAAAAUUGGGUACACUUUUGCACCAAUUCUUACAAUCUGGUUCCUCUUUAUUGCUGUUAUUGGUCUCCACAACUUCAUAAGACAUGAUCCAAGUGUAGUCAAGGCUAUUAACCCAAUGUACAUAGUGAAAUAUUUUCAAAGAAAUAAGAAAAAUGCAUGGAUUUCACUUGGGGGAGUCAUCCUAUCCUUGACAGGAUCAGAAGCUUUGUUUGCAGAUCUUGGUCACUUCAAUGUUCGCUCGAUCCAAAUCAGUACAUGUUCUAUUGUUUUUCCCUCAAUUGUCUUGGCUUAUGUAGGCCAAGCUGCCUAUCUUAGUAAACACCCUCUUGAUGCAUCAGCUGCUUUUUACAAAUCAGUUCCAAAACCUAUUUACUGGCCAAUGUUUAUAGUGGCAGUGUUGGCAGCUAUUAUUGCUAGCCAGUCUUUGAUCUCAGCUUCUUUCUCCAUAGUCCAACAGUCUCUCGCACUUGGGUGUUUCCCACGAGUGAAAGUUGUCCACACUUCUUCUAAAUACGAAGGCCAAAUAUAUGUACCAGAGAUCAACAACUUACUCAUGUUAGCUUGUGUUGGUGUCACACUUGGAUUCAAGAACACACUCCAGAUUGGGAAUGCUUAUGGGCUUGCUGUUGUAUUUGUGAUGACACUCACUUCUGCAUUUCUUAUCCUUGUGAUGAUCAUGAUAUGGAAGAUAAAUUUUGCAUUGAUUAUCCUCUACGCUUCAACCAUUGGCUUCGUCGAGUUAGUCUACUUGAGCUCGGUCCUUUACAAAUUCGUGGAAGGUGGGUAUCUUCCAUUAGCCUUUGCUGCAUUCCUCAUGUCGGUCAUGUUUGUUUGGAACUACGUAUACCGCAAGAAGUACACUUUCGAGUUAGAUAACAAAGUUUCAAUGGAGAAACUUAAGGAGAUAGCCAGCAAUUUGGACAUUCAAAGAGUUCCUGGUUUAGCCCUAUUCUACUCAGAGCUUGUCCAAGGCAUUUCCCCAAUCUUCACCCACUACAUUGCCAAUGUUCCAGCACGACAUACAGUGCUUAUAUUUGUUUCAAUCAAGUCAUUACCUAUAAGCAAGGUUCCGGCUGAGGAGCGUUUCUUGUUCCGACGAGUUGAGCCUAAAGAAUUAUGUAUCUUCCGAUGCGUAGUGAGGUAUGGAUACAAGGAUGUGGAGAAGGACCAUGAGUCAUUCGAGGAUACAUUGGUGAAUAGGUUGAAGGAGUUCAUUAUGGAGGAUUUUCUUAAGUUUGAAUCAUCUGAGAAUGAGGCUGCAUUUGUAGAGGAGGUUCAAUUGGUGGAUAAUGAAUGCAAGAAAGGAGGUGUAAUCUAUAUGUUUGGUGAGAGUGAAGUGGUGGCUUCCAAGGCAUCUAGUUUGGGGAAGAAGUUGACUAUAGACUAUGCUUAUAAUGGAUUGAGAAGAUGUUUAAAGCAACAAGAUGAAGUCUUUGCUAUUCCUCGUAAGCGUUUGUUGAAGGUGGGAAUGACUUAUGAGCUUUAGUAGUCUUUCUAGUGUUUUAAGUAUAAUAUUAUCUGUUUUGUUAGUCAAGAUCUGGUUGUAACCAAUGUUAAUUACAUUUAAUAUGUGGCCUUAAGAACAUGAUUAGAUUUGC